UACUGCGUAAUUUAUUUUGGUAUCAUUUGGACAACGAGUGUUUUCUUUUAUUUAUAUCUGUUUCUAGAAAUGAACGAGUUGCACCAACAGAUACUUUUAGGAAUGUGUAUUGUUUUAACUUUAAUUUGUAUAUAUUGGGGAUGUUUAUUGUGCUGUUUUGCAUUUACGAUGCAGAAUGGUUUUCAAGACAUUUGUCAAUUUGCUGUGUGUAACCUGAAAUUGGAACAGAAACUAAAGAUUCUAGAUUUCAUGAAAAGAUUCGGAAAGGUUUCUUUGUGUCUUUGGAUUGGCGGAUUCUUUGUCAUCAAUAAGAAAAUCCCUUUUAAGAUGGCAAAAACGUUGCAAUCCGUUUUCUCGGGACUUCUGAAAUUAAGAAAUGUAUCGAACCUGAAGAAAGAAUGUGACAACUUCGUAACUAAUUAUACUUCUUAUAACUGAAAAUGUCGAAUUUCAGAAGUACGAAUUAUGUAUAAAUGAAAAGAUUCACUCUCUCGUAAUUGAUAUAGUGUAUACAUUACUUGAUUUUUUCAUCUUUUUUGCUUUUACUCAUAUUCUCUUUAUUUAGAUAGUUAUAUAAUUAAUGUGUCACAGAUUGUUCUAAACAGGAAUAUAGUUUUUAAUGUUGCUGAAAAAUAAUUUUCAGUUUUUUCGAAUGAAUUCAAACUGCAUUUGCCUACAUAGCCCAGUGAAUUUAUUGAAUAGUUUAAGAAUAACUUUAUAAUAUAAUCGAGACGAAUUGAUAAUAAUAAUUAUAAUAGUAAUAAGCGGAGACCCCAAACGAUUAGUACAGGGGUCGCCAAACUUUUUUAACCGUCGACCCCCAACCACUUUCCAAAGCCUCAC